AUGGCUCGUGGAAGAAAUAAUUGGACAUGCGAGGAUGAUCAUAAACUAAGAGUAUUGUAUAAAUUAUAUCAAGAUCAACCGAAUUUGUGGCGAAUUAUUAGUCAUUGGUUCCCAAAACAAAAUUCUAAAGCAUGUCGUGAGCGAUGGAUAUUUCAUGCGGAUCCAGAAAUAAACCAUUUACCGUUCACAUAUGAAGAACGACAAUACAUACUAACACGAGUGAAUCAACUAAGAGCCACAGAUUGGGUGGCAAUAGCAGAAGCAAUAUCGCGUCCACAUGCACGGAGAACAGCCUUACAAUGCAAAAAUUUUGUGAAUAAUCGACAACGACGAAUAGACGUCCGGUGA